AUUGUUCAUUAUUUUUUAACUCAAGUCACUAUAUUCCAGAAAACCCCUUUUCAGCUUCAUGAUUAAUUAAUUCAUUAAAAGUUUUGAUUUAUCCAUCACGCUAGUUUCUUCCUCAGUUUCUCGUUCAAUUAUCAUUUUUUACCAAUAGAAAAUUGUUUUUCAUUGGUGCUGACAUAAAAUAAUUGACAAUUUUAUAAUUCAUUGAUUAGGAAGUUUUUUCCUGUUUAUUUAUGGCAUUUUGAGGUUUCCAUUGGUUACUGGGAUGAUCUCCUGGUUUCAAUCAUAAUUUUUGGGAAGUGGAGGUCGAAGGAUUGACCUGGAGAGUAUCAAUGGCCUCGCCGGCACCCAAAUCACCGGAGCAGUCGGAGAAGAAUCGAAAAUAUGACAGACAAUUGAGGUUAUGGGGAGACCAUGGACAGGUUGCCCUGGAGGCAGCCCACAUCUGUCUUAUCAAUGCCACUGGCCUUGGAACAGAAAUUCUGAAGAGUCUCGUUCUACCUGGCAUUGGAGCUUUUACAAUUGUCGAUGGGAAGAAAGUCAGUCAGGAAGACAUUGGGGCGAAUUUCUUCCUCGACGCAGAUAGUGUGGGAAAAUCCCGAGCUCAGGUUGCGACACAACUGUUGGUGGAGCUCAACCAAGAUGUUCGGGGUGACUACAUCGACGAGGGUCCAGAGGAGAUUCUCUACAACAGCCCUGACUUCUUCAACAGCUUCACAGUGGUAGUGGCAACAGCCCUGCCCGAAAAAUUUCUGAUCCAUCUCUCGAAGAAGCUCUUUGACCUGAACAUUCCCCUGAUCGUGUGCCAGAGCAUUGGUUUCAUCGGCUACAUGAGGAUUCAAACGCAAGAACACACGAUAAUCGAGACUCACCCAGACAACGAGCUCCCAGAUCUGCGUCUGGACAGACCAUUCGAGAGCCUCAAGCAGCACAUGGACUCCAUAAAUCUGGAGGAAAUGGACCUGAAGGACCAUUCGCACACACCUUACGUCGUCAUCCUAUACAAGUACUUGGAGAAGUGGAUCCAAGAGAGAGGAAGUCCACCAGAAAACUACAGAGAGAAGACUCAGUUGAGAGACAAAAUAAAGCAUGGGAUACGAAAGGAUGAGAAUGGAAUUCCCCUCGAUGAGGAGAACUUCGAGGAGGCAAUCAGGGCUGUCAACACUAGCAUAGGGCACACAACUGUCCCCAAGAGUGUCCUAGAAAUCCUCAAUGACGAUCGAUGUGUCAAUCUCACUGCCAAGAGCACCUCCUUCUGGAUCAUUGCCAGGGCUAUCAGGGAUUUCAUGGAGAACGAGGGCUGUGGAUUACUUCCUGUUAAGGGGGCUCUUCCUGACAUGACUGCUGACACCGAGAAGUACAUCGCUCUAUCUCAAAUUUACCAUAAACAAGCAGUGAGUGACGUGGAAGCUGUCUGGCGUCACACAAUUCGCCUCCUCCGGCAGUUGGGUCGUUCCUCAGACUCGAUCCCCGAGAAAGAUGUCAAAUUAUUCUGUCGCUAUGCCUCUGACAUCCACGUGGAGCGAGGGACAUCGAUAGCAGACGAGUACGACCCAAAAACGAUAAAUGCCAACGACAUUGCUGAGAGCCUGGAGAACCCUGAGAGCAUGAUGGUGUACUACGUUGUUCUGAGGGGACUACAGAGAUUCCAAGUAGAGUACAACUCGCACCCUGGAGAAUUCGACGACCACGUGGAGCCCGACAUCGUUAAACUAAAAGCCUGCAUAUCGAAAUUACUAGGAGAAUGGGGAUGUGGACCACUGGCCAAGGACGACUACGUCCACGAAUUCUGUAGAUUCGGAGGGGCUGAGUUGCACUCGGUCUCGGCCUUCCUGGGAGGUCUAGCUGCUCAGGAGAUCAUCAAGUUCAUCACGUCACAGUACAAACCGAUUCACAAUACUUUUAUUCACGAUGCUGUCACUUCCAACUCGGCUACCUUCUUUUUCUGAGGUCUUUUGAGGUAGACGAUAGUUCUGUCUUUUUUUAUACUCCCAAGGGUGCCGGGAAUCCGUUGAUUCAGUGUCCUCAUUGUUUACAGAUCGUACUUGUGAAAUAAAUUAAUCAAACUAGUGGUUAGGAGGAAGUUUUUGGUGAAUAUCUCUUAAUCUGAGUGAGAUAGCCCAGUAUUUUGUGCGAACUUUUUUGUGAACCUCAUUUCACUCUAUUAACAAAAUUCUGGGAAAAAUUGCGGUGUAUCAACUAGAUUCAGAAACUAUCAUCAACUCUACGUUAAUGACGAUAAUAAAAUGUAAAAACGUUUGUUGUAGUUGAAAUCUGUAUUUUCUUGCCUCAAGUUUAAGCCUAAUUACUUCAGUAAGUUUGUGUAGUUUAACUUAAGAUUAGAUGAAUUGAAAAGCCA